GUAUCCACUGAGGAGAUUGAAACGAAUCUGCGGAAACUAAAGUUGAAUCUUGACCCUGAAGCAAGUCAAGUAAUUAGUAGCGAUUCAGAAAUUAUACGACGCUUAUCUGAGGAGGCAGAAGGUGAAUAUAACCAUUAUAUGGAGCCAGUAAAACGUAUGGAGGGGACGACUCCUCUUCGCAUCAAAGAUGUAUGUAAUGAAUUUGUGAUGAAUUAUAAUAAUAUCAUAUAUGAAGAGGUGCCUAUCGAGCUUUCACAUGGAAAUUGGGAUGAGUCAGAAGGAGAUGUUGUAGGGAUAGCAUCUGAAAUACUCAAUACAAUAGGAAGUAUUUGGAGAAAUCCAGUGUUUGGGAAGAAGUUCGCAAAAUCUCAAAAUGAAGGGACAUAUGUAAUGGAUAUUAUAGUCCCUGUAGUGAAAGCUUCAUUAGAAAAACUACCAAUAAAGAAUUUCACCUUCGUUAGCAC